ACGCCCUGCCCACCGCCGACUCACGCGCGGGAACCCAACAUGCUCGUCUCCCUCACGGUUGGAAAGGUCGACGCCGGGGUGGCGGUGCUCCUCACCGAAGACAAACGGCUCAUCGAGUUCCCGUCGAUACUGCUGCCGCCCGACAUUUCCUCUGGCAGCAUCGUCGACAUUGACGUCGGGCGCAACUACAAGGCCGAGGCCGACACCGCCAAGGCCUUCCACGAGCUGCAGUCGGACAUCUUCCGCACCUUUGGCCAGCGCACGCCGUCCGCCCCCGUGCUCUGCUGUCGCAAUGCAACGCAGACGUCGGUCGUGCUCGAGUGGGACCCCAUCGACGCCGCCACGGCCGACCUGCGCAGCCUCGCCCUCUACCGCAACGGCAGCAAGGCCGGCACCAUCCCCAAGCCCAGCGACACCCACAGCACCAAGCUGAGCGGCCUCGCCGUCGACACCGAGUACACCUUCCACCUGGUCCUCAAGACGAGCGCCGGCACCUUCAGCAGCGACAAGCUCAGGGUCCAGACACACAAGAUGACGGACCUGUCGGGCAUCACAAUCACCCCCGGCCACAUGCCCGCCACGCUGCGUGAGUCGCUGCAGCGGUCGGUCGAGAGGAUCGGCGCCAAGAUUGCAGACAACGUCCGCAUCGACACGACGCACUUUGUGUGCACCGAAGGCAGGGGCCCCGCGUGGGAGAAGGCCUCGGAGAACAACAUCCCCAUUGUGGUGCCAGACUGGGUCUUGGGCUGUGAGAGGGAAGGCAGGAUCGUCGGCGUGCGGGGGUACUAUCUGAACGCGGACCCGAGAUUACGCACCGUGGGCCCAGGAGCCUCGCAGCCACAGUCUCAGCAACAGCAGCAGCAGCAGCCCCAACAACCCCAACAACAGCAACCCAGGAGUCCAAUUAUGAGCCCAAGGACGGAGAUCACGCCCCCGACUCCUGAACGACCCACCCACGACCGCGACACAGACGCCGCACCCCCACCACCCCCUCCGCCCAAAGACGACACAAGCGAGAGGAGCGUGUCCGAAUCCACCGAGCCCGGGAAAUCAGCCGAGGACCUGAAACCGCACGCUGGAAAAGAGAAGGCGCAUGAGGAUGGGAGCGACAGUGAAGACGAGGAGCCGGGCCCAUAUAACGAAAAAGCAGUCGAAGCUGGGCUGCCCAGCAGACCGCAUCCGGGGCAAGCAAAAGUUGACGAUCAUGAAGAUGAGGAAGAAGAAGAUGGGGCGAGCUUUCAGGAAGUCCAGCUUUGAUUGCAAGCAUGUCACUUGGGAUGGUGCAGGGUUGGAGCCUGGGAGCAUGGGUGCAGAAUACGUAUUGCAUAGCGGGGAGUAGAUUUCUAUUGACGGCAUAGCACAGUACAACACGUAUGGUGCGUUUUUAUGCUCACGUUGUAUGAAGUCUGCUUGCUGUGGUGUGGGCUGUGUAUGCAACGUGAUGGAGGUGUAGUUGUGCUCGUUUGGAGAAGAGAAGACGUCUCGUCUCGCCUGAGCUGGGUUUGUGUUGGUAGGGAGCUGUUCUCUAUCAUCCCACCCUGUGCUAGCUUUGUCGUUCUAUUCAUCGUAUCCAGCACCUUGCAGCCAAGACAUUCCACCCGUCCAGACGCGUUUAUCCGUGACAUACCGGGAAUAGUUUCCGUAGCAUCCUGUCGUGAUAUAUAACGUCUACUUGCCU